AUGGUCUCCAAACUAGUCUUCAAGGGAGAUAAGACUAAGAAUAAACCAAAGAAAAGAAAUUCAAAUAGAGGUACUGAAAAGGCUACAAAAACUGAAAGGUUUUUCCCUAUUAACGGGCGAUUAAAAAAAAUGAAUGAGAUUGACCUCAAUAGCAUAACCACAGGGUGGACUAUACUCUUCCCCAUAGAUUUAACAUAUGCUAAAAAAUCCAUAAUCGAUAGCAAUUCAGGUAAGCUCCCCAUAAUUAUUACUUUCGAAAAUGAAGAAAAAAAAAGGAUACUUGAAGAGAGAAAAACCACUGAAAAUGGAGCCAUCAAAACAUUCCUGAAGUUUACCGAUGAUUUUGAAACUUCUGACCCUAACGCUAUCAUCAACUACACAGAUGCUGUUUCGUCUCUACCAAUUACAAACAUUGAACCAAAGUCUGUAAACCAAGUUUUUAUUUUGUCUGAUGUGACCUCAUUGUUUGGAUCAUCCAAAAAAUUUAUUGAGUCUAAUAGCUCACGUGCAUCGUUGUAUUCCAUUCAAACUACCACUGGUAAGUACUUGAUGCAUAAUUUGAGUACAAAUGAGCUAGAGUUAUCUGUGACCCUAACUGAAAAUAGCGUUUUCACCCUAAAUCAUUAUCUUCUUGAUGGGAUACCCAAGUAUAGGUUAUGUAUUGGGAAAAACACCACCCAGACUAUGGUUAUUGCAGGUUCAGAUAUACCAAAAGUAAUUAAUGAUGAGGAAGAUGUCCUUGAUUCUAUAUCAAGGUUUACCAUCAAACUAAAAUGUGAAGAUGCAUACACCACAAAACAAAUUCUUCAAGCAUCAUAUGAUGAAUCAAGGCCACAGGAAUCUUCAGGUUUUAUUAGUGGUAACGUAAAGAAAACUGUAUUAGAUUUGGCAAAAAAUGGAUUUAAGUUGAACGACAAAAUAAUAUCCGAAAUCUCUAAUGCUUAUAAAAGUGGAAACUUGAAUGAAUGGGUUGUUGAAUUUAAAGAGAAAAAUGUACACGAUAGAAGAACGUGA